UGUUACGGUAACUUCUUCACUUGUGAUGAUCAGAAAAAGUUCCGAAUGGAUACUACAGAGCAGGAGGAGGUCUUACUUCCACUCAAAACUAAUUAUCAGGGAUACGUUGCUUGGGGGGAGUAUCCUCAUAACUUUGCAGCUGUUCUUGGUCAGGAGGAAUGUUACCGAUUGAUCCUGGCUAAAGGUGGAAACCACGAUUUCCAAGAUAUAAACGGGAACACUGUCGCGCAUAUACUGGUUGUAUUCGAUAAUAUGAAGAUGUUUGAUAUGGCAGUAGAGUGCGGAGCGGCGAUCAAUAUAGAAAACAAGAUGGGGCUAACUCCUUUAACCAUGGCGGCUUAUUUAGCAAGAAUGGAUAUGUUCUUCCAUAUUGCAAGUAUUGAACGGGAAGUAUACUGGCAGAUUGGAAAUGUGACUUGCUCGGCUUAUCCUCUUAAAUACCUUGACACUAUACACUCGGAGACUGGUGAGCUGCAGGUCAACUCUGCUCUCAACCUGAUCGUAUUCGGACCAAAUCUCGACCUUAUCGAGUACGUCAUCGUCGACCUCCUCAACGUCAAGUAUAAAAGCUUUAUCAGGAAGGUGUUUAUGCGCCAGUUCAUCGUAUUUCUCUGUUUCCUGCUGUUGUCCGUGUUUGUGUUCGUGACCCGGCCCGGUCCUCCACCUUCCACCCGGCCUUGUGAUUUCAACGCUACAGCUCUCAUGUAUUCAAACUCAACAGAUUUGAACUCGACGCUUCUGGGUCGGGUUGGUUUGGAUGUGGAAGGUUCUGGAAUGGAUUUGGUUGGCUCCGGACUGGAUUAUGUUUUGGAAAAUUUAACAGAUUUUCUCUCUCUUCUUGAAACCAACAGCAAUGCAACAGCGGGACUUCUCCUCAACAGCAACAGCAGUAGCACAAACUCAACAUCAUUGAAAAAGGUGUCUGGAAAAAAGUGUAAAAUUCCGGAAGAUGAAAAAGAUUACUGUUAUCUGCAAUCUUAUGAAACUACUUUCGAACAGGUUAGGGUUGGAUGUGAGAUGGUUCUGGUGGUCUGGUCUCUAGGCUAUCUGCUCAGUGCUCUCCAUGAGCUCUCAUUCCUCGGAUGGAAGAUGUUUAAAGAGAACCUUGGCAUGUGUCCAUCAAGAUGCUUGUUUCUAACUGCCUGUUUUCUCUGUCUGAUUUGUGUUCCUGCUAGAAUAUUUUGCUACUCAGGGUUAGAGGAUAGAUUAUCUAUCUGCAUAAUGGGAUUUACUGGAUUCUACAUGCUCUUCUUCUGUAGAGGAUUUAAACUGGUUGGUCCUAUGGUUAUUAUGAUCUAUAGAAUGCUGGCUCAAGACUUGGCAAAGUUUGGAAUAGUUUUCUUUAUAUUUCUGAUGGCAUUUUCUCAGGCGCUGUACAUGGUGUUCCAAAGUUUUCACUUUACAACUGAAAACGAUGAAUUGGCGGCAAAAAUAUUAGAAAAUCAAGGAAACUGCCCUAGUGGGGAGGAGGACUGUCUAGAGAACCCUAUGCCUACUCCUAUUGAAAGUAUAAUAAUGGCAUUUAUGAUGUCUAAUGGAGAUCUCGACGGUGUAUGGCAAUCUCUACCCUUCACCUCACAUGCAUUAAUUGGAAAGAUCCACUGGGCACUGUUUGUUAUGAUUGUAUAUCUUCUUCUUCUUAAUCUUCUAAUUGCUAUGAUGGGAGAUACUUAUGCAAAGACUGUUCUGAUCACAGAGCGAGGAAUAGCUCCGAAGGAAAGGCUUCGACAGCAGGAUGCUUACUGCGAUAUCAACAGUUUUGGAGAGAAGGCUCUUGUAAUGAAACAGUUUCUGUCUGAUGAGAAGGUUGAAGAGAUAAAUGAGAUUAUAGAGAUGAAGAUUACUCACAGGAAGAAUAUUGAUAGAAGACGAGCUAAGUUUGGAUAUGAAUCUGUUUCUAAGAUGGGGCUAAAUAUGGUCGGAGCUUCUGUAAUAGUUCCGGAUUCAUCGGAUGGUACUGAACCUGAAAAUCCAUACGAAGACGAGCCAACAAUCAACAAAUCAGCGCUAAUGGGAGAUUUCGAGCAAUAAAUCAACUCUGUUGGGAGAUAUCGAGCAAUAGAUCAAAUCUGUUGGGAGAUAUCGAGCAAUAGAUAAAAUCUGUUGGGAGAUAUCGAGCAAUAAAUUAACUCUGUUGGGAGAUAUCGA